CUCUACUACACUGUACUCACCAACCAGUAAUCCAGGAGGCGGCGCUGCUCAUCAUCCGGUCAAGUCGGAUGGCGUUGAUGGUAUGGGAGUAAUCACACUUUCGGAUAGUGCCACGUUUUCAUCAUAUUUUGGUCCCUCAUCCAAUGUCGCACUUGUCUAUGAACUCACUCGAGUGCUAAAGAAACUCAGUGGCGCACCAGUAAAUUUGUCGAACACUCGCGCGGAAGGUGUUGAAGCGAACAACAAUCAACAAAGCAGUCUAACAUCCAGCCCUUCCUUAAUACCGCGUGUUAUGACAGCGGCAGGUGCUCAGAGUUUGCCCCCUGAGCCGGAAGCCACCUCUCUUCUUCAUGAAUAUUUUGACACUAUCGGCCUUUUCUUUCCUUGUAUAUAUAGAGACACAUUCCUUGCAAAAUACAGGGACUUUAGAAGGAAUGAGUCCAGCCAUGCCAGUCGAUCGUGGCGAGCUUUGCUCUUCGUUAUGUUUGCCGUGAUGUAUCAGAUGAGAAGCUUCGCCUCUCCUACAGAUGCUGAAGACAAAUUGUCUUGGGAAUAUCUCCAAAAGGCCCUUAACCUGGCAAUGCCCGAGGCAGUAAUUGAUUCAGACCUAGAGACUGUGCAACUGCUCUGUCUCCUGACUUGUUAUCUUCAAUGUUCGACAAAUUCAGCUCAGACAUGGUCCUUUCAUGUGCUUUCUGUCAAGGCAGCCAUGCAAAUAGGCCUCCAUUCCCUCGAGGCUACCCAGAACUUACCACUAUUACAACGUGAAUUAUGCAAGAGAACAUGGUUCUGGUGUGUUGUGAAUGAUACUUUAGUCAGUGUUUAUCUCGGCCGGCCUCCGGUUGUUCCAAAGUCUCUCAUUAGCAAGGAUCUCCCAGAAGAUAUGAGCGACAUUUUCCCUACUUCUAAUCAGAGCCGCACGGUUGCCAUGACUAGUUUGGCAUACUACAAUGCGAAAAUUCGGUUGGCCAUGAUCAUUUCUGAUAUAUUGGCCCAACUCUACGGUGACAAUAUGGCUGCAAACAACAGCAUGGGUGUUUUUGAAACUCUACGUUCAGCCUUUGACUUGUCUUGGAAAUUGUCUGAAUGGCGCAGUUCAGUCCCUGCUGAGAUUCGUCCUGGCAGUGUUAUAGCUGCCCCUGAAAUCCCACGUGCUUUGCAAAUGCAACGUUUCCAGACCGGCUUAAGCCUAUAUUUCCACGCCGCACAGGCUCUUAUAUAUCGCCCCGUGCUCUUACGGUUUCUCCAAUACAAACCAGCUGGCACCAACGCUACCGAGACCUUGUCGCUCCUGAAGGAUUCAGGCUUUUCGACCAUAAAAAAAUGCAUGCACACUUGCAGCAGAGGCAUUGAACUUGCAAAGAUUAUAGUGGACGAACAAUUUCUUCCAACGUCGCUAUGGGGAGCUUGGUGGAUGACGAAUUUCCUUGUCUUCAACGCUUCUAUGAUGCACUUUGGUAUGCUUCUUAUAAGCACGCAAUCGUCUUUCUCAGGUUUAAUGGCAACUGAGGACAUCGACCUUAUUCUCUCCGAUCUGAAGGACGCGAGUGAAGUGCAUCGCCGUUUAAACAGGAAUAAUCUUAUUAUCUCGCGUUGUCGUGAAUGUUUGCACAAUUUUCUGGACCUCUACAAAUCCUUCAGAGACACAACAUCUCCCAAUGGAGUAGGGGAAUGGGAAGAUUUGACCUUUUCGCUUCAACAGCCCGACUUUCAGAUUGUCCAUGCAUCCCAAACGGCGACCAGUUCGAUUUUGCCAAACCCUGGGCAGGAUUUUGUGUGGUUUGAUAUGGAGGCUUUUCCUGGGCCAAUUGCAUAGCUACGGACCUGCAUCUCCCAAGUUGGAUGCGACACAGCGAGAGCUGCGGAAGCGGGACUGAAUAACAUCACAUAUUAUGCAAAACGUAGUAACAGGUUGCAAGUUGUACUCAGUCUGCAAGGCAAUCUAGGAUUUCUUCUAGACCUCACAGGAUAAGGCAUAAUAAUUCUUGCACGGAUGG